ACUCUAUCAUCAGCAGCCAUAUUGUCUUGAUACUGUUGUGAUUAUAAGAACAACUCUUGAACCCGUCUUGUGUUAUAUUUUUUUUUUAUCCCUGCGUCUUUACUGUUAUAACCUACCACAUAUCAUUUUAUAUUUUUUUUUUGUUUUUGUAUAAAUCUACCUCACUUAUAUACUGUCUCUGUUUAAUUAAAAAUUUAUAUACAUAUAUAUCUAUAUAUAACGUUUAUCAUUUUGUCAUACUAAUUUGCUCCAAUUGUGAGGUUAUAUUUUUUUUUUUUAUCAAUAAUAUUAUUUCAAAUUCAAAGACGUAGUUAUGAAUAAAAUUACCGGUGAUUCAAUGACAAGUUUCUAUUUAAAUGAGUGAAUAAAUUUAUAUUUUAUUUAUUAAUCUGAAUGUUACGGGUUUAUUUAAUUAUACGUUAAAAAUGGCUGAGAAUUUGGGAAAACGUCCUUCCAAGGGAAUUUUAAAGACGUCAACUAGUUUUGAGAAUCAGGACGCGCCAAGACCUAAUAAAGAAACAAAAUGGGACGAAAUGAAUAUUAUUGCGACGUUACAUCCUCCUGAAAAAGAUUAUGGACAUAUGAAAAUAGAAGAACCAAAAACUCCAUACAAUUAUGAGGGAUAUAGCAACAAGCACGAUGCUGAUGAGUUGGAUUCUUCAGCAGUCAGUGAAAAAUUGGCAAGAAGUAUCAAGCCGAAAAUAUUUGAAGAAUCAAGUAGCGAUGACGAGGAAGAAACGCCUGAAGAGCGAGAAAAGCGAAAAGCUUUUGAGGCAAAGCGAAGAGGUCAUUACAGAGAGUGGGAGGCUGUUAAGAUUGCAAGAAAUUUGAUACAAGAAGAUGAAGAAGACGACGAUGAUGAUGAUGAUGAUGAUGGUGAUGACGAUGGAGGUGGUGACGCUAAUAAUGAGGAUAAGGAUAAUGGAUCGGAGGUUGAGUUUAACGAGAGUACUGGACCCAAGUGCGUGGCAUUAUCUGGUGAUAGUGAAAAUAAGUCAGAGCCGAACUCGCCCGAGUAAAUAAGCUUGUGCUCUUUUUAUUACUACCUUGAGUUAUAUCUGCUAAUAUAAUAAAAGUUAUAUUUUACAUAGUCGGUUUCCGUAAAGCGAUUAACUCCAAUCUUAUCUGAUUAAAUGAUCAUCAGUACGACUAUGACAAAUGAUAAUAAUAAUAAUAAUAACGCGGUUUAACUAUUUAAAUGUGUAGGAUGCUUUGUAAAAAGACUUAUUGUUAGAAUCGUAUGUAACUCUUGUAUGUAAACGCGACAAAUUAUUAUUGAGGCAUAUUUUAGUUAUUAGAGUCUAAUUGGUGAUAAUUUAUAAGAAACUUUAAAAUGUAAAAACGAUAAAUGAGAACAUAUUGCGUAUGUUUGAUAUGUUAAGCUUCCACUAAUUAAUUGAUGAAUUCUUCCGAAUUAAAAAAAAAGUUAAAAUCGAUAACUUGAUACUCGUUUAUAAUUAAUGAGGCAAAUUGUAUAUUUAUACAACGAACUCAGACUGAUACAUUGCUGAUACAGUUUGAGACACUUAAUUACUAUUAGUAAGAUGCUAAUUUUCUUCUUUUUUUUUUUAUAUAUAUUAUUAAUUUGUUGAUAAUUUGUCCUGAGUACUGAGUUUUAUUCCUGACUUUUGAUAAGAGAAUUUGAGACGUAGGAUUGAUUUAAAAUAAAAAUAUGUAAAUCGCAAUAAACAUGUGAAAAAUAAGAUUGAUUAUGAAAGUGUAUAUUUUAUACGUAAAAAAAUAAUUAGAGAUAUAACAUAUAUGUUAUAUAAUCGUGGUAAUUUUAUUGACUUGAAUGAAAACAAAAAAUAUUAUUUUGGUCGGAACUAUCGAUUUAAUUUCUAUCUCUUAUAAUUCUCAUUAUCACUAUGUAAUAACAUCAUAUAUAUACAUAUAUGUGUUUACACAAAAAAAUAUAUAGGUGUUGAUUCUUUAACGCUGGAUUUUGCGCAUAAAAUAUACGUUUUUAUGAAUCAAUAGUUAAAAAGGAGGUCAUAAAAAAAAAUUUAAUUUUUCUAGAAAUUUAUAGUCAUUAUUUUUUACGAUUUAACUCCAAUUAGUGUUAACAUUAUAUAUAUAUAUAUAUCAAUAUAUUUAUAUUUGUAUUUAUUUAUAAAACUGACUCAUUGCUGACGCGCCGUGUAAUUUUGUG